GGCGCGGCGGCGGCGGCGGCGAUGUGGCGCCUGGUGCCCCCGAAGCUGGGCCGCCUGUCGCGCUCGCUGAAGCUGGCGGCGCUGGGCAGCCUGUUGGUGCUGAUGGCGCUGCACUCGCCGUCGCUGCUGGCGUCCUGGCAGCGCAACGAGCUGGCGGACCGGCGCUUCCUGCAGCUGAACAAGUGCCCGGCGUGCUUCGGCACGAGCUGGUGCCGGCGCUUCCUGGGCGGGCAGGUGGCCUUCGAGGCGUGGGGCCGCCUGCGCCUGCUGGACUUCCUCAACGUCAAGAACGUGUACUUCGCGCAGUCGGGCGAGCCGCGCGAGGGCGGCCGGCGCCGCGUGGUGCUCAAGCGGCUGGGCUCGGCGCGCGAGCUGGCGCAGCUCGACCAGGGCAUCUGCAAGCGCGCCACGGGCCGCCCGCGCUGCGACCUGCCGCAGGCCCUGCCCCGCACCGAGUUCGCGCGCCUCAACGGCGACGUGCGCCUGCUGACGCCCGAGGCCGUGGAGGGCUGGUCCGACCUGGUGCACUGCCCCUCGCAGCGCCUGCUCGACCGCCUGGUGCGCCGCUACGCCGAGACCAAGGACUCGGGCAGCUUCCUGCUGCGCAACCUCAAGGACUCGGAGCGCAUGCAGCUGCUGCUCACGCUGGCCUUCAACCCGGAGCCGCUGGUGCUACAGAGCUUUCCGUCGGACGAAGGCUGGCCGUUUGCCAAGUACCUGGGCGCGUGCGGGCGGAUGGUGGCUGUCAGCUACGUCGGGGAGGACCUGUGGGGCUACUUCCACGCCCCGUGGGAGAAGCGCGUGGACCUGGCCUGGCAGCUGAUGGAGAUCGCCGAGCAGCUCACCAACAACGACUUCGAGUUCGCGCUCUACCUCCUGGACGUCAGCUUCGACAAUUUCGCCGUCGGGCCCCGCGACGGGAAGGUCAUCAUCGUGGACGCUGAAAACGUGCUGGUCGCCGACAAGAGGCUGAUCAGGCAGAAUAAACCCGAGAACUGGGACGUGUGGUACGAGAGCAAGUUUGACGACUGCGACAAGGAGGCGUGCCUGUCCUUCUCAAAGGAGACCCUGUGCGCGCGCGUCACCGUGGACCACAACUACUACGCCAUCUGCCAGAACCUGCUGUCGAGACACGCCACGUGGCGCGGCACCUCGGGGGGCCUGCUGCACGACCCGCCCGGCGACAUCGCCAGGGACGGCCGCCUGGAGGCCCUGCUGGACGAGUGCGCCCACCCCAAGAGGCGCUACGGCCGCUUCCAGGCCGCCAAGGAGCUGCGCGAGUACCUGGCCCAGCUGAGCAGCAACGCCAGGUAGUGGCGGGCGCCGGGGCGGGCCG